ACUAAUUUUAUCUAAGGGAUUUUUGGCUUAACUGAUAACUUCAAGCGGGAUGAGACUGCACCUAGAUUUUCUUUUUCAAUUCUAGCCAGACAAAAAGAGCAGAUCCAACCUCUGACCUUGUUCUGAAAUUUCCAAACAAAGCCUUCGGUUCAUGCACUGUUCCAUUUUAGAGAAUGACUUCCUGUUUCCUUUUUAUGGUUUUCCCUGUUAGUAUCCAUCUUAGAGAAUGACUUCCCAUUUGCACGCAAGGGUGUGAUCUAGUGGUCAAUGAAUGGGAGGAGAACGUGAGGUCUCAGGUUCAAACCCCAGCGCAUGCAAAAAAUACUAGGUGAGCCUUAGCGGGCAUAAUUAUUUAGUACCUGUGUUGGGAGGUAGCAGGUACCCAGUGGAAUAGUCGAGAUGCACACAAGCUGGGCCUGGACACCACCGUCAAAAAAUAGAAGAAGAAGAAGAAGAAGAAGAAUGACUUCCCAUUUCUUUUGCUUUAUAAAAGAGUUACUCUUUUUUUGUAAAAUUUUGUUCUCAGGUAUAUUUGCUUAAAUUCUGAAGUGAGAUUGUGUUUGCUUACUAGCAUGUCCAUACAUGGAGUCAUUAUACAGUCUAAAAGAAUCAUCCUUUUUCUUGUUUAACCGUAAAUUCAACUGCUCACAGAGCAAUUCACUGCCACUGCUAGUCUGCUACUGCUGUUGCUUUCUCUUUCCACUAGGAUUAGUUUAAGAAGAGAGAGUGGGAAGCAAUGACUAUGAUAAUGAAGUCAAAGAAACAGAUGAGGUUAAUCAGUUUGGAAAAGUUAAACUUGGUACCUUUCCUUUUCUUUUCUGUAUAUAUAUUUUUCUUUUUCGCAUGGUUAGUAACUGUGAAGAAUUUGAAAGGUAGAACCUGACCAUGAGCUUUUCCAAACUUCUCCUAGAGAGAACUUACGGGAAAUGGAAAAUGAGAUUGGAUGAGAUGGGAUACCUAUUUGCUUUAAUUGCUUUAAGGAAGAUUGGAAAGUCAUGAAUUUCCUUCAAAAGAUAACAUAUUCUUCGAUAAUGUUCGGUCGACUCAUCUGUGAGAGUGUUAACUCAGGGGAUACACAACCAAUGAAGUGGGCAAUGCGAUUAAGGGUGGCCUUGUAUGUUGCACAGGCUCUUGAAUAUUGUACAGGCAAAGGGCGUGCUCUUUAUCAUGAUCUUAAUGCUUAUAGAAUUUUGUUCGAUGAAGAUGGUGAUCCCCGACUCUCUUGUUUUGGUUUGAUGAAAAACAGCCGAGAUGGAAAAAGUUACAGCACGAACUUGGCAUUUACUCCUCCUGAAUAUUUGAGAACAGGAAGAAUCACCCCGGAGAGUGUGAUAUUUAGCUUCGGGACACUUUUGCUUGACCUUCUCAGUGGAAAACACAUCCCUCCUAGCCAUGCACUGGAUCUCAUAAAAGACCGAAAUCUUGAGAUGCUAACUGAUUCUUGCUUGGAAGGUCAAUUUUCUACAGAUGACGGAACUGAAUUGGUACGGAUUGCUUCAAGAUGUCUACAAUACGAGCCUCGUGAGCGGCCGAAUCUCAAGUCAUUAGUUGCUGCAUUAUAUCCUCUUCAAAAAGAAGCUGAGGUUCCGUCUCAUGUAUUGAUGGGUAUAUCACGUGAUGGCGAAACUAUGUCUCUAUCUCCACUUGGUGAAGCUUGUUUGAAAACUGACUUGACUGCCAUCCAUGAGAUUUUAGACACGCUUGGGUACAAAGAUGAUGAGGGAGCAGCUACUGAGCUUUCAUUUCAGAUGUGGACAGAUCAGGUGCUGGAAACAUUGAACUCAAAGAAAAAGGGUGAUGCUGCUUUCAAGAACAAAGAUUUUAGAGCUGCCAUUGAAUGCUAUACGAAGUUUAUUGAUGUUGGAACCAUGGUUUCACCAACUGUGUACGCUCAUCGGAGUCUUUCUUAUCUCAUGAGUGAUAUGCCACAAGAAGCCCUCAACGAUGCAGUACAAGCACAGGUAAUAUCUCCUGUUUGGCAUAUCGCAUCGUAUUUGCAAGCUGCUUCUCUUUUCACAUUGGGGAGGGAAAACGAGGCACUAGUCGCACUUAGAGAGGCUGCAAUACUCGAAGAAGAGAAGAACGCCGCUUCUUGAAAUUGGCGAAUGGAGCUUAAAUCUAGAGAUGUUGUCGAUCUUUCAUCUGCAUCCAUGCAACAACAACAACAUACCCAGUAUAUUCCCACGAGUGGGGUAAGGGGAGGGUAGUGUGUACGACCCCUACCUAAUGAAGGUAGAGAGGUCACCUACAUGCAUGCAAUGGUUAGUAAAUUGUGUCAUAGUUAUAGAGAAUUCUUUUGCAAUAAUUCAAUGCCAUUGGUUCCUAAAGACACAAGAUCUAUGGAAAGGAUGGAGAGAGACUAGCAUGUUGUAUUUUAUGUACAGUGAUAUAUGGUUCCUGAACUGUUUUUCUUUCUUCUCUUUUUUCUUUCCCUCUUGGGAUAACUGGUUUCUACCUAUAAUUUCUCUCUUUAUGGUUUAUUGUGGGGUUAAUUUUACAUUUAUUUA